AGCAGCCAGAGAACAUUGAGAGUAUUAUACAAUUUCUAUACUCCGCUGGUGUUAAUUUUGACUCUAAUGAUGUUCUUGCUGAGCUGAGAGCCCGCAUUCCACCUAGCAAUAAUCUACCACCUGCCAAUGUCAUAAUCUUGAACCCAGGAAAGAACCAUCAUAUUGCCACUGCUGCAAACCAAACACCUGAAUUUCACUUUCUUCUCAAAAUUUUGGGUGUGUGCUUUUUUGAUAAAUUCGAGAAGGUGGUGGAUUAUAUGGCAGCAUUGAGAGUCAUGGAAAUGUUGUUGGUGGGGGUUAAAGUAGCAAUAUACAAUUUCUUGGUGAAUGUUGGAGAAAGCAGAGAGUGG